GCGGAGUUACCAUUGGCUCCUCUCGGGGCGGUCUCGGCGUGUCUCCCCGUUUUGAACUGCGGCCGCCCGAGGCGUCGUCGCUGCCACGUUGCGAUUCCUUCCUCGGCAAUGCCGGGCCCUGUGACGGGGGGAGCUGCUGCUGCUCUUCGGCGGAGUCCGGAGGCGCUCGGGAAGCCUCGGGAGCGGGUUUAAAGGAGCCGCCGCCGGAGGGGGAGCGUGGGCGCCAGGAGGCGAGGCGAGGCAAGGCAAGCAGGGCUCGCUCGCGGACACAUCGCGGCGGCGGCGGCAGCGGGGUAGCCGCGAUGCUGGCCGACAGCCUGGUGGAGGAGUUCGAGAUCCGCGAGGAUGAGCCCUGGUACGACCAGCAGGACCUGCAGCAAGAUCUCCAUCUUGCUGCUGAACUCGGGAAGACACUAUUGGAUCGGAAUACAGAGCUGGAGAGCUCUCUACAGCAGAUGUAUGCCACUAAUCAGGAGCAACUGCAGGAGAUCGAGUAUCUUACCAAGCAGGUGGAACUUCUGCGCCAGAUGAAUGACCAGCAUGCCAAAGUCUAUGAACAGCUUGAUAUCACUGCCAGGGAACUAGAAGAUACUAAUCAAAAACUAGUUUCUGAUAGCAGAUCCUCGCAACAAAAGAUAUUAAGUUUGACUGAGACGAUUGAAAAUCUCCAAACACACAUCGAUGACCUCCAGAGACAAGUAGAGGAGUUGAAGAAUUCUGGACACAUCCAUGUGAACCGCGAGAGGCCUGAACAGCCAAGAUCCGUCCACAGCUUUUCUUGUCUAAAGGAAUUGUAUGACCUUCGCAAGUAUUUUGUUUAUGACCACAUUUUUGCAGAAAAAAUUGCUUCUAUGGAUAAUCAGCCAAGUCCUCUAGAGGAAGAAAACCGGAACUUAAAAAAGGCAGUGACACUCUUGCAAGCCCAGCUCAACCUGGAGAAAGAGAAGAGGAUGACAAUGGAGGAAGAGUACAGUCUGAUGCUGAAGGAGAACUGUGAUCUUGAGCAGAGACUGGUGGAUGUCGAUCUCUACCGAGCCAGAGCUGAAGAGCUGGAGGUGGAAGUGGCCGAAAUGCGGCAGAUCUGUCAGUCUGAGAACACAUUUGUUAAUGGGGUGGAAAAGCUUGUUCCAGAGUCCUUUUUUGUUUCCUUUAAAGACUCUCUAGAGCGAGAACUCAGUCGGAGCCCUUCAAAUAAUGGGGUGGCGUUGCCUUGUCCCGAGCCUGACAAAAGGGCUCUGAAAAGAAGCAGCAGUGAGACCUUUCUGGGCAGCGCUGGAGGUGGAGACCUUCUGAAGGGCCAUGAAGAAACUUGCAUCCGGCGGGCGGAAGCUGUGAAGCAAAGGGGCAUCUCCCUGCUUAACGAGGUUGAUGCGCAGUAUAAUGCUUUGAAAGUCAAGUAUGAGGAACUCCUGAAGAGAUGUCAAAUAGAUGAAGAGUCUCUGAAACACAAGGCAGUACAGACUUCUAGACAGUAUUCCAAAGAUGUAAAUGUGGGAAACGUAACCUUGGACAUGCGUGCUAAAGAAUCUGGAUCCACAACUGCUGACCUAGCCACCUUAUCUUCAAAUACUCCUCCUGAAUACAAAAUUCUCUUUAAAGAAAUCUUUAGUUGCAUCAAGAAAACCAAACAGGAAAUAGAUGAGCACAGAGCAAAGUAUAACUCUCUCUCUCCUCUGUCUUAACAUCUUUGGUGUUCCCCUAUUGAAGUAUAUCUGUAUUGUCCUAGAAAACAAUUGCUCUUGAAGUACCACUCUUACGUGUCAUAUGACAGACGACGUUGCAUGUCUAUUCUCCCAGGGCGUGUCUAGGUUGCCUUUUGUGGAAGUUGUGGAAUGGGUUGGGUCCAUUUGAUUAGUUGUAUGAAUUUGGAACACUAUUGCUUUCACCAAAUGAAAAACUGAUUCACUCGGGACCAGUUAGUUAUGUUGAUGAUAAACCUGCAAAUUUAGUGCUGUAUGAAUCCGUUGGCCACUUGGUACUAGUAAUCUAUUUCAGUCUGCUAGAGAAAUAAGAUCCAAGUUUUAGCUGUAUGUACAGGGUUGCCCAAGUCUUAGGAAGAAUCUGAACCCAGACCUGUGAUGAUUCUUCUGGAAAGAAAACUUUUGUAAUGUUUUAUAAACCUACCACUGAACAUGGCCAAAAUUAAGAGUCUGACACUUUAAAAAAAUGUUAUUGGAUAUGUCAUAAGCAGUCAUGACCUUCACUGUUUAGCAGUAUGAAUGCUAACUAGAUCUUACUGUUUGACUGGAUUGGCAUGUCUUUCUGAAUACCCAGUCUGGCCUCUGUCUUAAGGUCAGAAUUGUUCCUAGUGGAAAGAAAUGUCCAUGCGCAUGCAUGUGUGCGCGCACACAUCUUUUUGGCAAGCAUUCUUUGUGUGUUCUGUUUAGGUUUGAGGAUAAGCAAGCCCAGUUUCUAGGUCUGGGUGGGUUUUCAGAAGUCUGUUGAAAGUAGAGCCUGUUCUCUGGAACUUGGCCGCUGGCCAUACGUCUGCAUCCUGAGAUGUCUCUUCUGCUGCCUAAACAGUUUGCGUGCUCAUCUUGUAUUUUGGACCAAGCAAGAAUUUAACUAAGUACUUGAUAACAUCUCUUUAAGGGGUGCUGUGAGUGUAAUGCAAAGUAAAACAUGGCCAAGGACUACUUCCCAGGAGGGCUCUAACUUCAUAACAAAUGGAAACAGGUUUCUAUUUCUGUGCCCACUCUUCAAAAAUUUAUGUAGCUAUUUUUAAGCCCAAAUGUGUACAUGUUGCACGGCUUGAACCAGUAACCAUUUUUCCCCACAGAGUGAAACACUGUUGAAAUAGCAGUGUGAAAGGAAUGAUGUGGUGGUGAAUAUUUUUUGAAGGUUGUUCAAUGUUUAGCGUAUUCUGUCCUAUGGCAAAAGUCUGAAUUCUGCAUUCUGUUCCGAUUCUGCUGUUAGUAGUGGCACUUGUCAGUCUGGUAGUCCAAGAACGCUGCAUUUAGUUAAAACAUGGAUGGCUUCACACAGCCUAGAGAAUCUUGACAAGCAGCCAAAGAACAACUAGGUCCCAACAUGCAUGGUUUCUAAACCAAACACACCAGGAAGAACAUCCUGGGAAUACAGCUUGUCCCUCUAGCCCAACUUAUUUUUAAACUAGUCCCACUGCUGAUGUGCUUUGUAUUUACUGUCAAACACAGGAAGAGGCAGCUGAUGAUAAGAAAUCUGAUAGUAAAAACCAGUUAAGCAGCAUGUGGUUUUUACAAAAGUAAAGGGAAACUGUACUUGUUACCAGUGGUAAUGUGGUUUUUAAAUGGCUAGUUUGAGCUGCCUAAAGUGAUAUUGCAGCUAUAUUUCAGUUGCUGCUAUUGCAAACUUUUCUGCCUUAUGUACAGUGUAGAAGGGGAAUUGCUUGGUGGUUUUUGUUUUGUUUUUUUGUUUUGAACUGACAGGUUUUCAGUGUAUGGAAACACACUCUACAAGACUACUUAUUUAAAGAGCUGUAAGCUAUUGUGAAUAUUUUGUAAAAAGCAAAUAAAGCCCUUGAGCAACUAA